AUGAAUCUCUUCUUCUUCUUCUUUGCCGUCGCUGCCGCCUGCGUCUUCGCGCCUACCCUCUUUAGUCUUAUUUUCUCUGUCAUGCUGAUGGACGUCUACCAUGGCAAACGCCACGGGACCCGCAUCACCUACAGGACGGACGGUCACCUCCUGAAUCAGUGGCUAAUGCACUUCCAGUCGCGCGUAUCCACAACCAUUGCUCACGAACUUCUCUUCACCGACGACUGCGCUCUCAAGGCCACCUCGGAAGGGGACAUGAAAAGGAGCAUGGACCUCUUCACUGCUGCCUACGACAAGUUCGGCCUGGUCAUCAACAUGGAGGAAACAGUGGCCAUGCAUCCAUUGUCAUCCGACGCUACCUAUGUCGCACCCCAAACCAACGUAAACGGCGCUCAACUGCAAGUAGUAGACAACUUCACCUGCCUGGACAGCGUCCUCUCCCGCUGUCCAGAAUCCUGCCGGAUCCCCGAAGCCAGCCAAGCCUUCGGCCGUCUGCUAAACACAGUCUGA